CAUUUGGAGAUGACAACUAAAAGGAAAAUUAUUGGCCGCCUGGUGCCAUGCCGAUGUUUUCGAGGGGAAGAAGAAGUAAUUUCAGUGCUGGAUUACUCCCACUGCAGCCUUCAGCAAGUGCCAAAGGAGGUUUUUAACUUUGAACGGACAUUAGAGGAGCUUUAUCUAGAUGCCAAUCAAAUUGAAGAGCUUCCUAAGCAAUUAUUCAACUGUCAAGCUCUACGUAAACUGAGUAUCCCAGACAAUGACCUUUCAAGCCUGCCAACCAGCAUUGCUAGUUUAGUUAAUCUCAAAGAACUUGACAUCAGUAAAAAUGGGAUUCAAGAUUUUCCAGAAAAUAUAAAGUGCUGUAAGUGUUUAACAAUAAUUGAAGCAAGUGUCAAUCCUAUUUCUAAGCUCCCAGAUGGUUUCACACAGCUUUUAAAUUUGGCCCAGCUAUAUCUAAAUGAUGCCUUUCUGGAAUUUCUUCCUGCUAACUUUGGAAGACUUGUUAAAUUACGAAUAUUGGAGUUACGAGAGAAUCACUUGAAAACGCUGCCAAAGUCAAUGCACAAACUGACCCAGCUGGAGAGGCUUGACCUGGGUAAUAAUGAAUUUUCUGAGCUGCCUGAAGUUCUGGAACAAAUACAAAACCUAAAAGAAUUAUGGAUGGACAACAAUUCACUUCAAACAUUACCUGGGUCUAUAGGACGAUUAAAACAACUGAUAUACUUGGAUAUGUCAAAAAAUAGGAUAGAAAGUAUAGAUCUGGACAUAUCAGGAUGUGAAGCCCUUGAAGAUCUACUAUUGUCAUCAAAUAUGCUACAACAACUGCCAGAUUCUAUAGGGCUCUUGAAAAGACUUACUACUUUGAAAGUAGAUGACAAUCAACUCACAGUUCUGCCCAAUGCUAUUGGAAAUUUAUCUUUAUUAGAAGAGUUUGACUGCAGCUGUAAUGAACUGGAGUCUCUACCUCCCACCAUUGGCUAUCUACACAGUCUCCGAACUUUAGCUGUAGAUGAAAACUUCCUGACUGAACUUCCCAGAGAAAUUGGCAGCUGCAAGAAUGUAACCGUCAUGUCCCUCCGUUCAAACAAACUGGAAUUUCUUCCUGAUGAAAUUGGUCAAAUGCAGAAACUCCGUGUCUUAAAUUUGAGUGACAACAGGUUAAAAAAUUUGCCCAUCACUUUUACAAAGCUUAAAGAACUUGCAGCAUUGUGGCUUUCAGAUAACCAGUCUAAGGCUCUGAUUCCUCUUCAAACUGAAGCGCAUCCAGAAACAAAGCAAAGAGUGUUAACUAACUACAUGUUUCCUCAGCAACCUCGUGGUGAUGAAGAUUUCCAGUCUGAUAGUGAUAGUUUUAAUCCUACUCUGUGGGAGGAACAGCGGCAGCAACGUAUGACAGUGGCCUUUGAAUUUGAGGAAAAAAAGGAAGAAGAGGAAAAUGCCGGAAAAGUUAAGGAAUAUUGCACUUUGGAAGGUUUUUAUCCCCAGCGGCAUGCUACUUCUGAGGUUGAAAUAAAUUUAAAGCGUUAUCCAACUCCAUAUCCAGAAGAUUUAAAGAACAUGGUGAAAUCUGUUCAAAAUUUAGUGGGCAAAUCUACCCAUGGAGUGAGGCCUGAGAAUUCAGCACCAUCUGCGAGUGCAGAACAAGUUGUGAAAGACAAAUUUGAGCACAAGUGGCCCAUGGCAACAAAAGAGCUAUCAGUGGAGGAUUCUUUUGUACACCCAGUGAAUGACAUGAGGAUAGGAGAACUUCGCCCCUCAAUGGCUGAUGCACCAUUAUAUCAACCAAAACUUGUUCUUUUAGGAAAGGAAAAAAAAGAAUCAACUGAUGAGUCUGAAGCCGAUAAAGUUCACUGCAUGAAUAACAGUGUUUCUUCAGGCACUUACUCAGACUAUUCCCCAUCACAAGCUUCUUCUGGGUCUUCUAAUGCUCAUGUUAAAAUAGGAUCUUUGCAGACCACAGCUAAAGAUGCAGUGAAUAAUUCAUUGUGGGGUAACAGGCUUGUCCAAUCUUUCCCACAACCCCUUGAGACCAAGCCAUUACUCAGUCAGCGGGAAUCUGCUCCAGCAGGAAAUUUACAGCAACAUAAUGAAAGGCAUCCAAUGAGUGAUGCCUUUGCUGACAGUUGGAAUGACAGCUCUCACUAUGAUAACACAGGAUUUGUGGCAGAGGAGAACACAGUGGAGAAUCCUAGCACUAAUCCUCUCUUAAGCUCCAAAUCAAGAAGCACAUCUGCUCAUGGACGCAGGCCUUUAAUUAGGCAAGAUAGGAUAGUUGGUAUUCCCCUAGAACUUGAACAACCCACUAUCCGAAAUACCCCUGAAUCAGAAGUGCCUCCAUCAAACCCUUGGCAGAACUGGACAAGAACACCUAGCCCCUUUGAAGAUAGGACAGCUUUUCCUUCUAAGCUGGAGAGCACCCCUACUACCAGCCCUUUACCUGAAAGGAAAGACCUUGUUAAAGACUCUCCUGAAAUAUCUAGUACUUUUUCUCCAGGUACACCAUGGGAAUAUCAUGAUUCCAAUACCAACAGAAGUCUCAGCAAUGUAUUUUCACACAUUCACUGUCGCCCAGAGCUUUCUAAAAAUAUUAUUUCUAUCAGCAAAAGUACAGAGAGGCUUUCUCCAAUGAUGAGAGAUUUAAAAACAAGCCGGUUUAAGAAAUCACAAAGUAUAGAUGAGAUAGAUAUUGGUGCAUAUAAAGUUUAUAACAUACCACUAGAGAACUAUGCAGCUACUACUGAUAACGCAGGGAUGCAUGACAGACAAGAUAAAAUGUUGGGGCCAGAACAUGGAAUGUCUAGUAUGUCCCGUAGCCAGUCUGUGCCAAUGCUUGAUGAUGAACUGCUGACUUAUGGAAGUGUAAAGGUCCAACAACAGCAAAAGCCCUCUGUGACUAAAAAAGUGUACCAGUUUGACCAAAGUUUUAAUCCUCAAGGAUCAGUAGAAGUGAAAGCUGAAAAGAGACUACCGCCCCCUUUCCAACAUACUCCAGAAUACAUUCCCCAGCAGACAAAAAAUGUCUCUAAGGAUUUGGUUAGUCCCAGAGCCUACCGAGGAUAUCCAUCCAUGGAACACAUGUUUUCCUUCUCACAGCCUUCUGUUAAUGAAGAGACUGUCAGUACUCAGUUGUCAAGUCAGGGAUCAAGGGCUGGAUUUUUAAGAAGAGCAGAUUCAUUGGCCAGCUCCACUGAAAUGUCAAUGUAUAGAAGAGUCAGCGAGCCUCAUGAAAUGCCUCAAAGCGAUAGGUAUAACAGACAUCAGUAUAGAGGAGCUAUGGAACGCCAAAGCAGCAUUUCAGGGUCUGAAUCCCAGUUUCUCAAAAGAAAUGGCAGGUAUGAAGAUGAACACCCUUCAUAUCAAGAAGUGAAAAGCCAGUCUGGAAGCUUCCCUGUUAAAAACGUAACGCAAAGGAGACCUUUGUCUGCAAGGAGCUACAGUACAGAGAGUUAUGGUACCUCCCAAACCAGGCCAGUUUCAGCUAGGCCGACAAUGGCAGCUCUGUUGGAAAAAAUACCGUCCGACUAUAACUUGAGUAACUAUGGUGAGAAGCCAUCAGAUAACCCUGAUUUAAAGACAAGGCCUACCCCUGGGAAGGGCAAUGAGAGCUAUGGUAAAAUGCCUGCUGACUGGAGACAACAGCUACUUAGACAUAUAGAAGCUAGAAGGUUAGACAGGACUGCUGCUUAUAAACACAACACUGUUAACCUUGGCAUGCUGCGCUCUGGAGGUUUGUCAGCAAUGCAUGCGGGCAGAAGCAUGACAUUAAACUUGCAGACUAAAUCUAAAUUUGAAAACCAAAUGCAUCAAGAGCUACCUCUACCGAAAACCCCAUCACAACAAAGCAGCAUUUUAGACAAUGGACAGGAAGAUAUUUCUACUGGCAGCCAAUGGAAUCCAUAUCCCCUUGGAAGGCGAGAUGUACCACCAGAAACUAUUGCUAAAAAGGCAGGUAGCCAUAUUCAGACUCUGAUGGGAUCACAAAGUCUACAGCAUCGUAGUCGAGAGCAGCCAUAUGAGGGCAACAUGAACAAAGUAACAAUCCAGCAGUAUCAGCCACCGUUGCCAAUACAGAUCCCUUCUCAGAGCUCUCGGGCGCCACAAGCAGGGAGGUGUGUCAUCCAAACAAAAGGGCAGAGGAGUAUGGAUGGUUAUCCAGAACAGUUUUGUGUAAGGAUAGAGAAGAAUCCAGGACUUGGAUUUAGUAUCAGUGGAGGAAUAAGCGGCCAAGGAAAUCCAUUCAAACCUUCUGAUAAGGGUAUCUUUGUUACUAGGGUUCAGCCUGAUGGACCAGCAUCUAACCUGCUUCAGCCUGGUGAUAAGAUUAUUCAGGCAAAUGGACACAGUUUUGUACAUAUGGAACAUGAAAAAGCUGUAUUACUGCUGAAGAGUUUCCAGAAUACAGUAGACCUAGUUAUUCAACGUGAGCUCACUGUCUAA